AUGUCCUCCGUUUCAUCAACCACAAGUAGUGUAUUGAGUGGUGGUGGUGGUGGUGGCUGUGGAGGUGGAGGAGGCAAUAACAGCAGUAGCAGCAAUAGUAGUACACCAACAAACUCUCCUCGUUUCAUGCCAUCCUCAUUCUCCUCUUCCUCCUCAAAUACUACAAUGGACUCGUCUUUACCGAAUACUAGUAGCAGUGCGAGUGGAAAUCAUCAUGGUCGGGUUGGAUCAUCAUCAAGAUCUUCAACUCCAUUACGGGAUCGGAACAACAACAAUAAUCAUUCACAGAUUCAAAACGCUACGAGCGGAUCUUCAUCUUUGGAACAUCCUCGUAGUCUGCAGCAACCCUCUCAAACCGGUUCACCCCAAGCUAGGCUUGUAAUGGAUCAAUUAGACAUGACUCAACUUUAUGGAAAUAGUAAUAAUGAUAAUAAUAAUAAUAGCCACACCAACAAUCCUUCUUCCUACGUUGAAAUUGUGGCAGAACAACCAUCCUCAGCGAGAACGAGUCAACUCACUGCUGAGCUACAACGACAACAGCAACAUUUUCGAUCCGUCUCGGAUCCAACCUCUCUGGUAACGACCAUGAGUAUUUCUCAUAUUCAGAAUAAUUUGACAAAUAAUCAUAUGUCGACUUCGGGAAUUUCGUUGCAACAACAUCAGCGAGUGCCACCUGCUUCACCUUCAUCAGGGUCGUCACAACGGAGCUAUGUUUUUGUGAUGGCAGAAAAUCAUGUGAAAUUACAAAAAGCAAAACUGACAUUUGGACAGGAGCAUUCCUCGAAAAUUCCCUCCUUAUUUAACAAUGCGGAAUUGAGCGAUUUUACAAUAAUUUUGAAACAUUCAUCGAAAUUGAAUUUAUCGAAUUGUUUGAGUACAAGUGGAAUUUCUGAAGAUCAUGCUGCUGCCAGUGAAAAGAAUGAAGAUUCUUCAACCAGUGCAGAAGAUAAUGUCAACGUUUCGAAUGUGACCAGCUGUAGUUCCGUCGGCAAUAAUUGUGGAUCGAGUGGAAAUGCCAUGUUGCCACAUUGCUUACAAAAUACAAAUCAAUUUGAAGAAGAGCUUUCAGUGCGAACAAUGCCAGAGAAGCCCUUUGUCACAUUUACUGAGCUACAUGUUAAUAAGGCAAUUUUAGCCUUGUAUAGUCCCUUCUUCAGAAAAAUGUUUUUUGGAGAUAUGAAAGAGAAAACGAGCAGUCAAAUAGAAAUUUUUGAUCACUCUGUCAUUGAAUGUGAAGGGUAUGAUCAAAAUGUGAACGAAAUUGGCUAUGAAGACGUUAGAAUCUUUUGUAUCAUGAUACAGAGCAUGUACAACCUGCAAGUUGAAUGCUUGGAGUGUGACUUGGCUCCUCUCUUGGAAACAGCAGACAAGUACAUGUUUGGUGAUUUGGUGACGCUCUGUGAAGCCUAUUUAGAAAAAAAUUUGAACGAGUUCAAUGUACUAUCAUGUAUAUUUUUGGAAAAUUCCAAAUAUCAAUCAUUGAAAACUAAGGCCAGUAGAUUUAUUGCUCAAAAAUUUUUCAUUAUUUGCAAGAAUGGACAGUUAAAUCUCAUUGGUGACAUUGAGACGGUAUUGAGCAUUCUUUCGAGAGAUGAUCUAAAUGUCAGGACGGAAGAUGACAUUCUUCAUGCUGCUCUGCAAUGGAUCGAAUACGACUUUUCAUCUCGAAAGAAAUACUUUCCAACCAUUCUGAAUCACAUACGGCUACAGUAUCUAUCUCCCAGUUGUUUAAAUCAUUUAAUUUCCCUUCCAGAAAAAUAUGUUCCAGAUAUGGAAUUAACAGUGAAACUAUUGAAGAAAAUUGCAAAGGCCAUGAGCUGUCAACUUAACACCAUUGUUCAAAAGGUAGAAAAGGCCAAUCAACAAUUAGCACUUCACAAGACUCAACCUUCGUUAACAUUGGUCACACCUCUCAUCAAUAGUAAGGAUGCCAAAGAUUCAAAAGACUUGCUAUCACCCAAUCUGAAUACUAGUUUACCCGUGAUCCAAAAUUUGGAACAAAUUUCUGUGCUGAGUCCUACUUCCAUAUUUGACUCGAGUUCUGAAGUGAUUGGAGCAUCGAAUAAUGGAGAAGAUGAUUUUAUUAGCACAAAACCAAGACAUCAUGUGAGCGGCAUUGUAACUGGAUUUGAUGUGUUAAUGAUGGGAAAGGAUCUUAAAAUAUCCAAUGAUCAAAAGACUCUCUCCAAAGUGAAUACAGAUGGAUGGUCUGUCAAUUUAUGUGUUGAACCAGUGAGAAUGGGCCAACGAAAGGAGUUGCACAUUAAGGUGAAUAAGACCAUGCAUGGUAUCAUUAAUAUUGGAAUUUGCAAAUGUGAUGUGAAUUUAAAUGGCAACCUUAAUUAUGAGAAUGGUUGGUGCUACUACUUGUACAAUGGUCACACAUGCCACAAUUUCCACUCCUUAAAUUAUGACGGGGAGGCAGGUGGAACCAACGAUUGUUUCAAAGUUCAAUUAGAUUUACGAUACAAUGGUGCAUUGUCAUUUGCCAAGAAUGGUCAACCCUUGGGAAUUGCCUUCUCAGACCUUUGCAAAAAGUUGAAUGGAGAAGAUGAUGUAUUUUAUUUUGCUGUAGCUCUUUACAGCUCUGGAGAUUCAGUCUCAAUUAUUAAAAAUUGA